AAUAUACAUAGUGUGAAAAUAUGUAGUGCGAGUAAGUUUUGUGUUGAAUUUAACUAGCAAAUGAUUAGUAAAUAAAUGUAGCACCAAGUAAAUAAAAACGUAGUCAAUGAACUUUGUAAAGCGAGUGUUACCCGAAUAGGAAAUGUGUUGAAUACUCAUACAGUUUAGUUUUAGAGCUAGAAACUUUAAUGGAUUUGUAGUUAGUGAAUGUUCUAAAUAUUGGAUACAUACAAACGUACAUACAUACCUAUUGAAGCAACAUCGUGAAAUUCGUAGCAAAAUUAUGUGCGUUAAGGCUCGAAUGUCCGCCGCAGACUUGCACAGCAACCUUGUUUGCCACUUAAAUUAAAGUUGACCUCGCUUUGAAGUGGGCGCAUGUGACACAUAGGAAUAUAUUUUAUUUUGUUUUGAGAAUUCUAACCACUCGCAAAACUCGCAAACACCCACCGUUGCAACAUGAAAGUGAUGCGCAUCCGCCACGCGAAGCUCAUAGUAACCUUAGUGGUCAUAGCCAAUCUGAUACUUUUCUACUACUCCUGGAAAUCGACGAUUUGGAAGAGUCUUGCAUCCACACUCAUGCUACCGUCAGACGCAGCCGAGCGCGCAGCUGCCGCUAACAAUGAGCUAAUGGGCGCCGGCAGUGCUGCGUCCGGGCGCGCCGGUAAAUCACCGCGUGAUAAAUUGAAGAACGCCAACAAACACAUACGCAAGUCUAUCACCAUCGUUUUUCGUAGUUUUUACAAUUUCGAAAACGAUCUGAAAGCAUCAAUUGACAAUCUGCUCGACAUUGUGCCCAAUUUGUCAGUAUUAGUAUUAUUGGAGGGCGCGCCCUAUCCGCCAGUUUCGUAUGAACGCAAUAUUACUGCCAGCGGUGAGGAGAAUACCGUUCGUUUUAUCAAUCUCGGCUUUGAUGUGCAGAAAACGCCCGAGCAGUUGAAUGCGCUUGCAGCGAUACACACUAAGUAUGUGCUAUUCCUGCCGGAUAGCGUGCGCUUAACCAGCAAGAAUUUGCUGCAGAAGAUCUUGCGUGAAAUUAAUUCGGCUAUGCCACUGGGAGCUGGCAUAGCGGCAAGAGCGCCGCUUAGAGCGGGCGAAGCCAAGCACCAGCAGGAGGCGCGCGCCUUGGUACCACCUGUCGGUCCUGAAGAGACGGUAAAGCGCAUAGUGAUAGUGCCAUUCGCUGGAAAUAUGAAGUCAUUCAGUAGUUGCACACAAAUAAAUUUGGAUCUACCCAAUUGGACUAUACAAUAUGUGGCGGUUAAUAGCAGUGACAAGUGUGAUUUGUAUUUGCAAAAGCAUGCUAUUCUCGUUGAUGUUGGCGUACUCAAAGAGCUGCCGGAUCCGUUUGCCUCGCCAUUUCCCGAAAUGUUUUAUAUACAGGCAAAACUGGCAGGCAUAACCAAAACGGUCUUUCCACAAUCUUUCCAAGAUGGUCGCCGCCUUUUUGCUUCGUAUCACACGAAACAGCGCCGCACCGAAAUUCGCCGCCGUCAAUUCAAGGACUUAUACAAGAAGCUGCAAAUCAAACGGAUUAUUCGUCGUUCACAUAAGGUGAUCUCGAAAACGGAUCAAAAAGAAGGCGGUGGUGGUGGCCCACAUCACAGUCUUGUGCUCGACACACAAUUCUCUUCUUCGAACUUCAGCUUACCGCUGGUGACCGAAAUCGAUUUAAUCGGUUGUGAACGCACGACAAAGUCUUGCGUGGGUGCGGUUUACAAUAAUCAACCCUUCUACAUUUAUUUGAACAAGCAUACGCCACCGUGUUGCCUUGACAAACUCAAGACCACAUUCAAUCAUGUGCUCGAAGAAUUCGAGAAUGUCGGCAUCCGCUACUGGUUGGAUAAUCAAGCGUUGAAGACAGCCAUCGAAACGAAUCGUUUGCAUCCGGAUGCGUACGAAAUCGAUAUUAGUUUCAAUGUAAACGAUCUAGAACGUUCGAAUGCUAUGAAGAAGUCCCAAAAUAAACCAUAUGUGGACAAUGAGGGCUUUUAUUGGAUCAAGGCGACCGAUGGACAUUACUUUAAAGUACAAUUUUCAAAAAUUAAUCAGAUUGGCGUGAAUCUGCUGCCGUUCGAAAUUAACGGCAAUGAAGUGAGGCCAAGUGGAUUUUUUGGCUGGAAAGCAAAAGAGUUCUCCGCAGACUAUCUGCAUCCAAUGUCCACGGUGCUCUUUCUGGGUAAAAAUGUGAUGUGCCCCAAUAAUGUGCGAGAGUUUUUGGAUUUCAAAAAUGUCAAAUAGAGUGUAUGAGGCCGUGGGUCCAGUUAAUGGAGCAAUGUUAGUCUAUAAAAAAAAAAGUAUUUUAAAAAGGGAUUGAAGAAAGAAAGAAGGACCAAUGNUGGUAGGAAAAUGCAUUGAUACAACAAAAUGAGUGCUUGAACCUAAAAACUGGAUAUAAUUUUUGGUAAUUUAAACAAAAACCCGACAUAUUUUUUUGGUUAUCCGAAAGCAUCACAUAGU